UCCCUCCACUACCGUCAGUACCUUCGCUAUCGACCGAAACUGUGCGCGUGUUCACGUUCCAUUUACAAAUUCGAAAAUCGAAUUCGAAAUCUGUCAACCCGAAAUAUUUUUCUUAUCUGCCAUUAAUUCUGUAAUAUCAUAAUUUUUUCUUAGCCUGUGUUACUUUUUAGUAUUUGAAUGCGUGAAAUAGUGAAAUUUCGAUGCGUUUUCUAAAUAAUGUUGAUGUGCAUGUAUGUCAUUGAAUGAAACGCUAGCGAGUUGCAAUCGGCGAAAAUGUGACUGUUAGACUUCGUACACAGUUUUAACGAAAUGGCUGUUACAAACGAUUUGUGAAAUGUUUAAAAUGCGGGAGAUUUUAAGGAUUUUAUUUGUUGUAUGGUUCGCUUUUCUCCUGGUGGUGAGGUGUGACAAUGUGGAUGUGCCGGACAGCCCGGAGGAGGCGAGGAACGAGGAGGUCGAGAGGAUUGUUAAACCAAGCAUUCUAUCAGGAGUCCGCCGCGCGUCCCCGGCCAGCAACACGAGCACCGCCCGCGACUCGCACCUACUGUCUGUGCUGGCUGCCAGGAGAAAACAGCUAAAGAGCGGACAUGCUGCCAUACUGAGCGCGCUCCCAGCGCUGGCUCAAGCUGCUAGGAAGGGCAACACAACCUUCGCAAAGAUAGAAAUUCGAGAUGCAAACAACGUGACUGUGAAAAGAUUGACGUUUGAAGCGACUCCUCCAAAUAAACUAUAUUCUGCUGACAAAGACAGACAAGAUGUCAGGCCACACAUCUUUGUGCCCAAGUCCUUUCAGGAAAACAGGAGUAGGCUAGCAUUCGACAAUAAAAGACGAGACCACUUAAAUGCUAAUAAAAACACUCCUGAUAGAAUGACAGACAGUUCAGUAGUCUACGUCCCACCUGAAAAAUUAGAAGGAUUAGAUAAAGAAGUAGAGUUAGACCCAGAGGAAGAGUUUCAAGUGGAUGAAUCAAAUCAUGGCCUAUAUUUGCUUAAUUAUUCUGACACAGAAAACGUCACUCAAAGUCCAGUCUUAAAUAAAACGACAACUACAAUUGUUAACGAUAUAAAACAAAAUACCACAGUUAAAAUUGAAUCUACAACUUUACCCAUGAAUACCACGAAUCCAAAUAUAACAGAAGAAUUACAAAAAGAAAAAGAACAACAAAAAGAAAGCAAUGAAGAUAAAUCAGAAACAAACACUAUUGCUAAUAGUACAGACUCUAAAAGUACGCAAUUAGUGAACAUUGAGAAUGAAAAAGAAAAAGAAAAUAACACGGUAUUUAUGUCUGAUGAAAUAAUUAAUCAUUUUAGACAUCUAGAAUCAGAGUUAACUGUAGAGGAGAUGGCGCCAUUUAUUUACUUUGGACAGAAACUUGGAGGUCAGGUCAGCGAUAAUUUAACAAACUCUCCUUCAUUAUCAGCUUCCACAAAAUCAGUUAAUUUCAUAGCAGCUCCAUUAGAAAAAAGAAAAUUCAAUUCUAGAUAUUCAGCGACAGAAAAAUACAAGAAUACAAGUGUAGAUGAAGAAGAAGUUAAUGAAGAAAUGGAUGUAUCUGUUGUUAAAAAUACCAUAGAAAAAAAUAAAAUAAGGAACACUGUAAAAGGACCUGCCCCUGCGCGUCAUGUAGGUUUAGUAAAUGCAUAUAGGAAAUACUCUAGUUCUACGCCAGCUACUACUAAGUCACCAACUAUUGCACAACUUAAUGUUACUGAGCAAAUCAUUUUUAAUGUCACCCCAAUUACUGUAGAUAAAAAUAAAGAGAAUAAUCAAACAAAUGUUACUAGUACGAAUAAAGAAUCUUUAAAUAUCACAAAUAAAACGAAUUCUACUACAACUGUGAAGGAUAAUCCUUAUAAGUUUAAUAUUACUUCUGUUCCAAGAAAUUACACAAGAAGUUACUUUAAUUUGCGCAGAAGGCCUACUCGAGUCACAGCUUCCUCCACAGCUGAAAACAUUGUACCGACUCUUGUUAAUACUACUACAGAAAAAACAUCAACAUCUGUUUAUACAGCCGUGGUUACCUCUGUUUCUAUAACGUCCUCUAUGAAAGCCAAAAAUAUUACUGAUGGAUUGGAUGUAGAUAAUAGUACUAUUCCAGAAGUAAAAGAAUAUGAACUUAAUAGUACUAUUCCUAAAGCAAUUCUUUUAAAUGAGACGGAGACAUCAACAGUGACUUCCUCGACUUAUAGACCAUACAAGCACAGAAUUAGAAUAAGAACUACAACUACAGAAAGCAGUAUGAACUCAAAUCCAAGUUCUUCACCCAUAGUUUUACAACCAUCUAAUCCUCCCACCAGUGAAAUGCCAACAACUUCUCGUAUAUCCGAAAGAUUGGCUAGUUUAUUACGACAAAAUGUUUAUGAGACUUUGGCGAAUGGUAGUACAGUAAGGCCGAAAAAUAUACUACGAAGGCGACGUCCAACCACUACAUCCACCACAUCUACAACAACUACUCCAGAGCCACCAUCUUCAUUUUAUAUAUCGAGCGAAUCGCCAAUUACAUUACCUACACAAGGAACUUCUAGCAAUAUUCCUCCAGUAACAACAGAAGCAAUACAUUCUGAUGUAACUCAAAGUGUUUCAACAUUUAAACCAUUCGUAGUAACUUCCAAAACUUCAUCACAGUCUAAAUCAAAACCUGUAUUGGUUGCAACAAGCGCACCUUCAACUAAUAUUAGUGAAUCAAAUAAUACUUCUGCAAAUGUAACUAAGGAUAGCGAGGAAGAAGGUACUGUAACAAAGAACGAAGAAGUAGUCAUAGAAGCUGAAAAGAAUUACACUGCAUCAUAUGUGUUGGCCGGGUUGGGAUUCCUGCCUGUUGGAGCUAUUAUAGCUUUUGUUUUAAGAAACGUUCUUAAUAAGAAAACCAAAGAAAUUGAUACGGAGUACGAGGGAUACUUCGACGAUGGUGAGAUCAAGAAAGAGUCCCCGAUUACACCGGUCGCACGACCACCAAUGCCACCGCCGACCAAACCUGACCAAAAAUGGGAAUUUCCAAGAAAUAAGCUAAGGCUGCAGACGUUGCUGGGUCAAGGAAACUUUGGCCAGGUAUGGAAAGCUGAAGCAGAUGAUUUAAACGGGCACGAUGGUUUGACGCGUCUGGUAGCCGUCAAGACGAUUAAGGAAACCGCAUCUCAGAAGGAGAAACAGGAGCUUCUGCACGAGAUCUACAUCAUGCAAAAAAUCGGAACCCAUCCCAAUGUGGUUACCAUUUUGGCAUGCUGUACAGAACAAGAGCCCUAUCUCCUAAUAAUGGAGUACGUGAUGUGCGGCAAACUGCUGACGUACCUGCGUGAGCGCCGCUCGCGGCCCGACCGCUUCAGCGGCAGCGGCGCGCUCACCUCCCGCGACCUCACCGUCUUCGCCUACUGCGUCGCUAGGGGCAUGGACUACAUCGCUUCCAAAGGGAUCGUGCACCGCGACCUGGCAGCGCGCAACGUGCUGGUGGACCACAACAAGCUGUGCAAGAUCGCGGACUUCGGCAUGUCGCGAGCCGCCGGCGCCGCGGCCCGCGCCGCGCGCUCGGCGCUGCCCGUGCGCUGGAUGGCGCCCGAGGCGCUGCUCUACAACGUCUACAGCCACCACACCGACGUGUGGGCCUUCGGCAUUCUGCUGUGGGAGAUUGUUACUUUAGGUUCGACGCCGUACGCGGCGAUGUCGGGCCGCGAGGUGCUGUCGGCGGUGACGGAGGGCUACCGGCUGGAGCGGCCGGCGCACUGCAAGCCGCAGCUGUACCGCGCCAUGCACGCGUGCUGGCACGCCGACCCCUCGCAGCGGCCCUCCUUCGCCGCGCUCAAGGCCCAGCUCGCCGAACUCCUCGACAACGAGCCCUCGGAAGGAAACUACGUAGACCUGGACUCGUUCUAUCAAGAGUCUUCAGUCUACAGCGAUCCGUCGGCGAUCAUCAACGACGAUGAAGGGUUGUCCGCGGAGUAUGAUCGUGAAAGGCGGUGUUUUAGGGACCUGGGUAACAAAGGCGGGUCGCAGUUCGAGAGCCGGCCGUUCGCGUUCAGCAAGCCGGCCGGCGCGCCGCGCCGCGCGCUGUUCUCCGACGGCGAGUUCAACGACCGCGCCUUCUCCGACAACAGCUUCCCCGACAAAACCUUCCCCGACACGAACUUCGCCGAAAGAAAAGACGGGAAACUCUCGACCUCCAGUUUCCACAGAGAAAGGGAGCGCGAGAAUCCCCUCGUCAGUAGAAAUAGCUUUAACGGGUUCCCGAGGAUCGGCACCAGAGACGGCCACUUCCAGUUGAUCCCCGACGGGAGGAACAACAGGGUUUCGGAAUUCGAAUGUGACAUUUAAAUUGUCGAUUGACUGAUUUUAUUGAUAUUUGACUACGUAGUCUAUCAAUACGAUUUUUGAUUCAAAAAUUGUUAUAAAUUUUCUCAAAAGUAAUGAAGGCCAAGUUUGUUGAUUUAAUUUUUAUUUUAGACAAUUGUGAGUUUCAUAGUGUCUGAAAAUAAUUCCACAUACAUUGAACGUGUUAUAGGCUCUAUAUAAAUUUGCCAAUUAUAUGCACUGAAAGAUAUUAUAUUUUUUUGCACAAGUGUGGACAUGACAUUAAGAUUAAUCGAUUUCAGAUUAAUUUAAAUUUAACUUACAGUAGGUAUCGAUGUUUGUAAAUAUUCGUUAAUUUAUAACAGUAUUGCGUGUUGCGGUGUAGUCUAGAGAAUGAUCUGUAAAUAGUAUAGUUUGUGUAGGUAAUGAACUGUUUAUCGUAAUCACGUAUCCAGAAUAAUAAUAAUUGUUCAUCUAUUUCGAGGUAAUAUUUCUUGUGCUUCCAAACUGAGAAAAUGUAUUUUUUAUAACUUAAAUUUGUAAGCAUCUUCCAAAGAUAUUUUUGUAUAUUUUGUCAAUUUUACAAAUGUGUGAAUGGUUUUAAUUACAAUUAUUAGAUUAUUUUAUCAAAAUUUAUUCUUUGAAUUCUGUUGCAGUUUUUACUAUCUCAAAAAAAGUGGAAAAUCGAAUUAAAAUAAAAAAAUAUAAGAUCAUUUACUAAAAUAUUUUUUAUUCAGUCAUGUUUCAUAUUGUCUCUUUCUAAAUUAAUUACAAAAUAGAGACAUGAGCUUUGAUGAUAUCUUAGAAUAAAACUAUUUUUAAACUUUCAGACGUUUCAAAUUGUUUGCUUCUUCUAGGAUGGGGGGUUAAAAUCUCGUAAUAACAUACGUAUGUUAGUGUAUUUAUUAUUGGAUCGCAGUGGUGCUACGGUUGUUAAUGUAAAUAUCAUAGUCUAUUCACGUUGCUUCCCAUCUCGUCUCAGUUCAAUAUUACUUUCUAGUCUUAUGAAUUGUAUUAUAGCAUUGAGUAGCUUUCGUAAGGUUGAAAGAUUUAUUUUAUUAUGAAAUAAAGUAAUGUAUGAAAAAUUU